AUGACGAACAGAAGCCGCAAAAGAAAAUUCAAUUCUACGGUUUUCAUAGAAGAAAAUGAAGAAAAUAGCGUAGGGAACCCACGGCCAAAGAAACGUGUUACCUUCUCGCCCACUUUAACGACCACAGCGACAUAUUUGUUAGAAUCUGAGGAAGAAAGUGACGAGAGUGACGACUACGAUUGGCAUACAUCUUGGGUUAAUAAUCUUAGAAAGAGUCUUGGAUUUGAUGAGGAGUAUAAUGAAGAUGACGACCCAGAUUACGUUGAUUCGGAUGGCGGGGAGGAUUUAGAAGAGGAUGGAAGUGAUUUGGAUCCCAUACAUGACAUUGAGACACUCACAAAUACAGCGUUGAAUAGUGGUGUUCGCGUGGAAGAAAUACCAGGAGGACUAACAGAAGUAAAGGAAAAUGAGAAAGAUGAAAAUGAAGGAAUUAAUGGUAUGGAUGAUGUGGAGACGGAAGACGGGGGGACAAAUGGCGGUUUAACGAAAGAAGACAAAAGAAUAAAGGAUGGAAAUGAGCAUGAAGGAAUGGUCAACAAAUCAUUGUCGUCUAUACACAAACCACCUACAAAUGAGGAAAUACAAGGGUUGAGGGAAACCACUGAUUUGUUUAAAUCGAAUAUAUUUAAACUUCAAAUUGAUGAACUUUUGUCAGAAAUAAGCAUUGAUUUCACAAAAACUUCGAAAUUAGAAAACACGUUGAAUAAGUUAAAACAAAUUUUUGAGAACAUGAACGAUAAACUGGAUCUGACGGUCGAGAAUGCGAAAUCGAUCCUUUUUAAGAAACAUGAUAUCGUAAUUCCAUUUCCGGAUCCUCAACCUCCAGAUGAUAUUCAAUAUAAAUUUGGAUUUAAGAGGCCGACAACUUUUUAUCUUGUUGGUAGCUAUCCGCUGAGAAGUGUAAUUCGGGGACGUUAUGGUUUUAAUGUUGAUGUCGUGGUCGUAAUGCCUCAGUCAAUAUUCCAGGAGAAGGAUUAUAUGAAUAACCGUUACUUCUACAAAAGGGCGUACUAUCUGGCAGUGUUGGCGGCCGUUCUUCAGGAUAAGUCCUCGGGACUUGAUACGGAAGUUAAAUUUGACACAUUAGAUGGGGAUAGGCGUCGACCUAUUAUACGGCUUAAAUUCACUGAUGGUCCAAAUGGUGAUAAGAAACUGUCCAACGAAUAUAGCUCUUAUCAACUAAUUAAGGGAACAAUGGAUUUUUUGGCGAAUCACGACUUUAUAAAGUCACCUUUAUUUAUGAAUGAGUCGGAAAUUUCGGAGGAAGGAGAGUUCUCUAAAAAAUUGUUCACAGAGAAUUUCGAUGUCGUGUUUGUUGACAAUUCUGGCACGUUGAACUUGUUCAGUGAGAUGUCGAGGACAGCGCUCGAACAUUUGCAAUUUGAGGCGAGAUUGGCAAUGAAGUUCUUCAAUGAAAGUGUAGAAGAUCGGUUCGAGGCUUUGUUCUUAAAAAAAGUUGACGACAUGAAGUUAAGAUAUGAUAAUGUUGCAAAAUUAGCUCAAUUACCGGAGACGUACUCUGAAUACACGAAUUCUGUUAAAUUGGAUUACCCCGAUAAGUUUGUUUAUUUUGCACGAACGAUACCGCAUCUGCUGAAGCGAGGGCUCACCGAUCGUGUCGACCUCAUUGCAAUAAAUUAUGAUAAGCUACCAUCUUGGUCAACUUCCGAAUCCCCAAGGACCUAUACAUCGACCAAAACGAAAUUAUAUUUUGGAUUUGUAUUUAAUCCUGAACAGUCAAACCGGUCGGUUGAUUAUGGUCCUUCGCCUGAAGAUGAAAAGGCGGCAAAAGAAUUUCAAAAGUUGUGGGGCAAAAAAGCCGAAGUGCGACGAUUUAAGGAUGGGAGGAUACUGGAAUGUGUGGUCUGGGAGUAUAAAAGAAUCGAAACACGUAGUUUGAUUGUCAACAAAAUAGUUCUCUAUUUACUUUCACUCCACUUUGGGAUCAAAGACGGUAAAGAAGGAAUUCGAUAUUUUGCUGGGCAGCUGAAUAAAUUCGUCAUACCGUCUCCGGCAGUUCCAAAACAUAUCUUCGAUCUAGAUAUUGUCGUUAAAGGAUUUCAACCAGUGAUGACCGCAUAUUAUGAGUUAACGAAGCAAUUAUUAUCUUUAGAAGAUAUUCCUCUCAGGAUAUCUAGCGUAAAAGCAACGAGCCCAGAGUUAAGAUAUGCUUCGGUAUUCGUUCCCCAACCACACCAGCAACAAAAGAAACCCAGUCGGCUCAGACAAUAUUUUUUAUCCCGUCAAAAUGUUCAAAUGAGUUUGCAAUAUAUCGAACCAAUAGAAAUUCAGAUCCAAUUUGAAUCUUCAACACGAUGGCCAAACGACCUCGUAGCCGUUCAAAAAAUGAAGUUGGCAUUCUAUAUUAAUAUUUCCGAGCAAUUAAAAGCCAAACUUCCUGACAUCAAAGUAUCGAUAGUAACGAACGAUCACGAUGUGAUAAUAUCGCCUAAAUCCUACUUGGAUAUAUUCACUGCCUCGGGAUUUGCGUUUAGAUGUAGAAUAUACUAUGAACGCGAGAUUUCAAUGUUAAAACGUGUGAUUGAAGAUAAAGUAUCUUCGCCAAAGAAGAAAGAGGUAUUCAAGAAUGCGUUAGAGGUUGAUAAAAGACUAUUCAUCGAUCUACCAUUGCACAGUUCUCAAAUUCAGACAUUAUGCAACAAGUAUCCUUCUUUGUCGCUGACUAUUAGACUUGCGAAGCGAUGGUUUAUGGUGCAUUUGUUAGAGGCACAUGUUGAUGAGGAGUUUAUAGAGGUCUUGUGUGCUUUCGUUUAUCUGGAACCGCAACCCUGGUCUAGACCUGCUACGGGCUUUGUCGGAUUUUUACGUGUUUUGAAUAUAAUUAGUACUUGGGAUUGGAAGAAUGAACCCAUGAUCGUUGAUUUAGGAGAAAACCAUCGUGGAGAUGCAUUAUCAUAUAAUGAUGAAACGAGUAGUAUAAUAGAGGAGGUUAGAGAAAAGUUUCGGAGAAUCAGGGAUAACCCUAUGGAUGAACGUGCAACAUUAUUUAUAACAACCACCUCUGGGCAAAUAUGGGGUAUGGAGAAGCCUUGUAAAGUUGUCGCGCAGAGAAUUUUAGACUUGGCCAAUGCUGCAACUGCUUGUGCCGACAAUGUUAUGGACAAGGAAAUAGCAGAGUUUAAGAGUCUAUUUAUAACACCAAUGAACGAUUAUGAUGUGUUAAUAUUUCUUGAUCCCACCAAUUGUCCACGAUAUUACCAAAAUGUCUCGGUUGAAAAAAGAAGUCUCCUUAAACAGAUGAUAAGCAAGGAUUGGAGUAAAAAUCGAUCUCAUGCAGAAAAGAAUAAAUGGAUUGGAUUUGACCCGGUGGAAUGGUACAUGGAUGAGUUACGGGGUUUAUAUUCAAAUGUAGCACUAUUCUUUCAUGACAAAUAUGGUGGAAACAUUAUUGGGGUGGUAUGGAAACCCGUUUUUUUUACCCCAAGGCCGUGGAAAGUUAAUUUGGGAUUUUCAAGUAUGAUGGUGUCUUCAAAAAACACAAAGGAAAAAGACGAGAUUCCAUCCGACGACAAUAAAGACAAUCAGGAUUCAAAUUUGGUCAUAUUAAAUAGUAGAGCUGUCGCAUUGGAAAUGGAAAGGUUAGGUCAAGAUUUGGUGACAAAAAUUGAUAUCAGAAAAUAA